GAACCUGCGAACCCUGACUCAGAACCUUUUCGACGACUUGACAGGUGUGGCCUGGACCGAGGAUGACUUCGAGCAUAGCCUGGACAGGGCCAGAAACCUGUGGAGGGAAGUUUGGCCAGAGGCUAGCAUCAAAUUUCUGCGUGGCAAAUCCAUACCGCCUGCUCCACCAGGCCAUGCCUUCAAAACCGACAGGCCAGCUCCCAAGCCACCAGGGAGGGAGGCAAUGAAGGAGGAGCUGAAGGAGGAGCAGCCACAGGAGGAGCUGAAGGAGGAGCAGCCCAACGUCAAGAAAGAGGAGGUCACUCCGCCCCCAGGUCUUGGGCUUGUGGAUGAGCUCCAAGCCAUGACCCCAGCGCAGAAGAAGGUGAAGCUCAGCCAGCCCUAUGUGCGGGAGAUGAUCCAGAAGCAGAUUACCUUCUUGCAGAGCUUGCUUGACAGUGAUAUUGAAGGUGGUGAUGGAUGGGAGGAGGUGUUGACUGAGGUCCUGACCGACUACAAUAUCAACCAGGGUGUGCGGACCAUGCUCUCCAAUGCCAAGAUCUCCCGGAGCCACAAGAUCAAGCUUAUGAUCAACAUGUUGUUGCGCUGGGGGGACAAGUUCGAGUCAAAUGACUGGUUGCGCAACGCAAUUCGCAACUUGGCUUGA